AGUUGCCUUAUUAUUUUAAUUGUUCUAUUUAUGAUUUUCGAUGUCUAUAGAAUGAUGAUAAUAAAAGAUGAAAAUUUAGAUUCUAAAUUUAUUUACAAGACUAAGAAAUAUUAAAUUACUAUUGUUUUACUUUUAAGCAAUUAUUUGCGAUUCUAUUUACUUUUAUAUUCGGAAUAGAGGGAGAUUGUAAUUAAAAUAAUUAAUAAAAAUUUAGCUGGAUACGCUUUAGGAUCAGCAUUCUAUAAUAAAUUUUAGACUUCUAUUUUCAGAAUUUUUAUUCUUACGAAUCACUUAUUAAGUGACUUAAGCUGGGGUCUGAUAAAUAAGCUUUCAUUCUAUAAUUUAAUUUAAUAAUUGAUCA